CUUGUUAGGAUCCGAAGCUUACUCUUACUACUUACCACCCAUGGCCAUUAAUAUGAUUGAAUACCACCAGUACUGGAGCUCGCGGCACAGUCUCUGCUUCUCGCUGUCAGCCGCGCUCAAGUCAACGCACCAACAAAUGAUCGAAGAUGUUGAGGAGGCCAUUGGGUUCUGCCAGGAAGCACUGGCGGUUUUUCCACCACUCCACCCCGACAGGAACUACUCCCACUUCAGGAUACGCGAGGCAUAUAUGUCUCGUUACCGAGUGCAUCAUAAACCUGUUGAUUUAUCGCUCGCAGUGGAGAACUUCAGACUAGCAUCAAAGCAUCUUACUCAAGGCUUUCCAGCCCGUAUUCUUGAGGGCGGAGAGGUACAGUCAUGCAUCAAGUCUCUGCCGCUCUCUAAGCUCCGCCGCUAUGUCGACGCAUACAAUAUCCCCGUCAAAGGCCGUAUCGACAAGAAUGACCUCGUGGAUUCCAUCAUUGCUGCAAAGUCUAUCCCACUAUAUCCUUGUAUCGCUGACUUCUUCCAGACACCAUCAGACACCCGUCCUCCGCCCCCAACUCAGCAACAAACAUCCACAUCACCACCCGAUUUCCCCCGUCCUGACCUUGAACCUCAGCCAGGAUCAUACACAACAUAUACCCCCGAGCCCCCUAUACGGCGCCAGACCACAUCUGCGCGGCCCCCGUCUCCUCCACCUCCACCUCUACCACAAACGCCCCCUCGACCAGCGCCUUCUUCCACUCCACGCCCAUCUCCAGCGGCCAACGCUAGCCCGCCUCCUGCGCGUUCAUCGACUUCACCUCGCUCGGCACGUCAGCCCUCCACGCCACCCACGCCUCAACCCCCACCACCACUCUCUACCUUACUGGCAAUGUCCCCAUCAUCCCUCUCGCGUUUACCUAUCCGCAUGCUGAAACAGAUACUGUUCGAGGCACGCGUACGCCUUCCCACUGAUAUCCUUGAGAAAGGAGAACUCGUGGCGCGCGUUAGUACUUGGCUGGAUGAGGAGAGAGCGGCAGCAGAGGAAAGGGAUAGGAUAGAGAGGGAGGAGAGGGAACAAGAGGAAUGGGAACGGCGGGAUAGAGAGAGGGCAGCGGAAAGUUCAGCCGUGGAGGCAGACGCAGAAGACGCCCAUGUGCAUGGGCCAGAAGACCCUGCUGAGAAUGUCGAGAUGCAUGACGAGUCCCAACACCAUCAUUCCCCAUCUUCCUCAUCACCUCAACCCAGUUCUCCUCCCAGGACGACAUACACGGAACGUUCGGGUUUAUGUGUGAUAUGUCAGGAUCAGGAGGCAAAUAUCGCGAUCGUGGGUUGCGGACAUUUGUCCACGUGCCGUACCUGCUCAGAACUAGUCCUCGCCUCAUCUCGCGAGUGUCCGCUCUGUCGUACUCGCAUCGUCACAGAGGCACGACUUUUACGGAUAUUCAAGACAUAGGCAUGGGGAACGACGAACUUUUUUUGUCAUUACGCAUGCAGAGGCUGCAAUUGUAGAUCAUGCCCAGCCAUAUGCAUGCUGUCCUAGUCUGUAUUUCUUUGCGUGGUUAAGGUAUAGAGAUAAGUUCCGAGUGGGACUUACGCUCGUCUGUAACUAAUAAUCUAACAUCAUGAACUCAUCUCGUCACGGUUGUGCUUAUUUGCUACCAUCUUAAGUUCAAGCCCAACCUGCCAGUCUGUCAUCAAUCU